AUGUCGGUACCGCAACCCGAGCCAGUGCAGGGUGUGGGAUCUCCCUUGCCAGCUCAUACCGUGGACCCUAUCGAUGAGAAGUACCAGAGCCAGCAUACUGAGUAUGAGGAGAAGGUUCAACCCAAAGUUGACUACUCUGGAGCCGCAGCUAAGACGAGCCCUGAAGAGAAGAAGCUUGUCAGAAAAUUAGACAUCUGGAUCAUGCCCAUGCUCUGGCUCAUGUACUGGCUCAACUACCUGGAUCGCAACGCCAUCACUCUCGCUCGUCUGAAUGGCUUCCAAAAGGACCUUGGACUCACUAGUUCACAAUACAGCACUGCUAUCUCUAUCCUUUUUGUUGGAUACAUCCUCGGACAGAUCCCCAGUAAUAUGAUCAUCACUCGGGUCAAACCUUCGUGGUACAUGGGUAUCUGCAUGAUGGGCUGGGCAGUCGUAAGCGGGCUCACUGCCGUCGUGCAUAAUUACACGGGCAUUGUACUUGUGCGUUUCUUCUUGGGUGUAGUCGAGGCGCCGUACUACCCAGGAGCGCUCUACCUCCUGAGCAUCUUUUACACGAGGAAGGAGAUUGCGACACGUAUCAGCAUCCUCUAUUCUGGCAACAUACUCGCGUCGUCCUUUGCCGGACUCAUUGCCCUUGGCGUCUUCAAACUCGAUAAUGUCCAUGGUAUCAGUAUGACCCCUUACACCUGUUGGCUACGGACUAGGUCUCUAUAUUAA